GUCGCACUAGUGGGGCAACUCGCACGGUUGUGUCGCGCUGCGACGGCCGAGCAUACGUUGAACGGCCAGCACUCGCGCACCUGAUCGCGCGCUCUCGCCUGUGCAACCGCACCGGUCUGCUGUGCGAAUAAUAACAUAAACAAUCGAGUGUCGCGGUUCGAUCCACCCUCGCAACCCAAACGUGCGUGGGGUUUUCGCGUGUAACAACCCUCUGUAAGUCAGCAGUCAGCCGGGCGCCACCGCCGAAUUCCAGUGCUCUACCCGCGGGCGCAUCGAUAACAUGACAAUCGCGCACCGAUCGGCGUAAACGAAUCUAUAAAAACUAGUUUUAUUACAUUAAUAAUAAACAACAUCGCCGAAUCAUAGAAUCACAUUCGCAAUGGAGCGUCGCCGUGUGACGGAAGGCCGGACGCCGGAAGGCGCGACGAAUGCAAUCGAUAUUCACGAAAAGUGAAAAAGCUGGUAUGCCUUACGAUGAGCGGCGGGCGCGCCCUCCUCGGCGGCAGACGUCGCGGAUCCAAUGUUUGGCUACGCUCGAUCAUCGUGGCGUUCGUCGUCCUCUUCGUCUGGCUGCAGCUGAUGUUCGCCAGCCUGGGCGAUACUUCCGACGCCGGCGGCGGCGAUUACAACGAUUCGAUGGCCGCCAUCUUGAGUAUGGUACCCUCCGUGCUUCAUAAGUUCCUUACGCCACGUCCGCGCAAUUCCACCGGCGCGCUUAAUGGCAGCGCUGCUGCGCUGGCUGCAAUGGCCGCUCUUCGCGGCGGGUUGAAUCUCAGCGAAAUAAAACGUAAUAUCGCCCAGUAUAAUUACCAGCAGACGGUUUACAACGAGGAUAUAUUUGGUCCGCUGCAAAAUGAUUCCGUCGUCAUUGUCAUCCAGAUACAUGAUAGAAUCACUUAUUUAAGACAUCUCAUCGUCAGUCUAGCGCAGGCGCGCGACAUUUCCACAGCUCUGAUUGUCUUCUCGCACGAUUACUACGACGAAGAGAUUAACAGUCUGGUGCAGAGCAUUGACUUCUGCAAAGUGAUACAGAUCUUUUAUCCGUACAGUAUACAAACACACCCGCAUGAGUAUCCAGGCGAAGAUCCCAAUGAUUGUCCACGUGAUAUUCAACGAGAAGAAGCACUAGUUAGAAAAUGCAACAACGCUCUCUAUCCUGAUCUUUACGGACAUUAUCGGGAAGCGAAAUUCACGCAGACCAAACACCACUGGUGGUGGAAGGCGAAUCGUGUUUUUAACCAACUGGAUGUUACCCAUAACCAUAGUGGACUUGUGGUAUUCCUCGAAGAAGAUCAUUAUGUCGCCGAGGAUUUUAUUCAUGUCCUUAAAUUGAUGGAACGAACUUGUCAGACUUCCUGCAGACAUUGCAACAUUCUCUCAUUGGGUACCUACCUGAAGACGUACAAUUACUACGGCAAGAAGGAAGUAAUGCGCGCGAUGAAGCAGCAAAACGUGGCUGCUGGCCAAGUGCAGCCGUCGUGGUCGUUUCAAGUACUGCCAUCACUCUAUCAGCACACACAAAAGGUCGAAGUGACGCCGUGGAUGAGCAGCAAACACAACAUGGGCAUGGCGUUCAACCGCACCACGUGGAUGAAAAUCGUUGGAUGCGCCGACUACUUCUGCAAGUAUGACGAUUACAAUUGGGAUUGGUCACUGCAACAAGUGUCACAGAAUUGUCUCAAGCAGAAAUUACAUGCGAUGGUUGUACGUGGACCACGUGUCUUCCACAUUGGAGAAUGUGGUGUUCAUCAUAAGAAAAAGAAUUGUGAAUCAACUGCAGUAAUCUCCAAAGUGCAAAAAGUGUUAAAGGUGGCAAAGAGACACCUUUACCCAGAUUAUCUAACGCAAACCUACGUCACACCAAUGAAGAAAACCAAGCUGCGUAAAGGAAAUGGCGGCUGGGGUGACCGACGUGACCACAUGCUCUGUAUGGGCAUGACGCUCAGAUAAUGUCCCCGUGCGCACCUGCUCCAACAAACUCCAUCACUGUCCUAUGAUUACAGGGAGAAAGUAAACCUAAAAACGGGAAUUGAUUGCUCAUGGACGAAGUAAUAAGUGCUAGAUAUAAGUAUGUCUCGAUGUCGUGAUUCAACAAGGUUGGGGGGCGAACUCUUGACUGAUCUGAUCCGUACCCCGUGUUUCGAAUGGUACUAAUGCAGUCAGUUUGUUUUACACGUUUUACAAUUGUUCAACGCGUUCAUUUUAGUCUUUCUAACGAGGUUUUCCCGAAAGCCUAAGAAAAAGUUUAACGUUUCGACAUGAAAAUAACGAAUAUUUUACUAAUUUUUCUAAAAAAGUGAAAGUCUAGUCCUACAAAAGCUGAAAUACCGCUGCGUUUUAGUUGAGGCUGUAUCGUCGCUACAGUCCUGGCGAACUUUUAUGCAAUUUGUUAUUAGUUGUGUACCUACAUCCCGAUGUUAGAUUACUAUCGCCUGCAACACAUCGUCGACACUCCUUCACCGACAGUUACCAAUGUUACAAUCGAUGUAAGAAUUGAAAUCAAUCUAGUCAGUUGAACGAGGGAAGGAUGGCGAAUAUUUCACGCUGCAAUUGCAAGAAAUCAUUUGCGUUCUCACAGCCGUUUUUACUACAUACUAUUACUGUACUACAGGAACAUGUUAUUUGGCGUGUUCAGUUUACAUUACUUGCAAUAAUGUGCAUUUAUAACCGCAUAAACUAAUACUAUAUCAGAAGACAUUUGUGAUACAUGUACUUAUAGUUGAUUUGAUCUGUUGUUGAUUAUUAUGUGGUAUUAUUCAGUUGCGUUUGCGUCUUGGGUUAUAUUUUGUAAAAUAAAUUCGUCUCGAUAACA